AUGGCGGACUCAGAGGGUAAACCGAUUCUACACAUCAACUUCGGCGACAUCACCGACCAGCCGCUGUCCCUCACCGGAGCUACACCACACCGAUACCGCUUUCUCGACGGUGAUGCUCUCGCUCAUAAGUCAACACUCCGCGUCUUAGAAUACGAAGAUCUUCCCUCAGUUCCUUAUGCCGUCAUCUCAUACGUCUGGAGAGGCCUCUCUACUCAUCCUGAUGAGAAAUCUUCGCUUCCGAAUAUUCACGUUACAGGUGCCGAAGGCGCGGAUCCGAUAUCUGUGGACGUUCUGAGACUCGUUGCUCUGGCUGCGGAACAGCAUGGGUGUAACUUAGUUUGGCUAGAUGCUUUGUGCAUUCUUCAGGCGAAUGAAGAUGACAAGGCGUGGCAGAUUCAGCGCAUGUAUGACAUUUACCGCUCUUGUCAGGAGUGCAUCGUUGCUCCUGGCGGUCUUCAGAGACUCGUUUCUCUCACGGAGGAAACUUCGUGGGCAAGUCGAGCGUGGACUCUACAGGAAGCAAUUGCGCCGCCUUCAGUGCACUGCUUGUUUGCAUGGGACCGUGGCGACUGCUAUAUUCAAUCGAACAUGUUUGUGGAAGUGAAGGAGAUUGAGAAGGGCGUUGCAGCCAUUGCGCCGCUAAAAUCUACACUGGAAAUGGCCAUGAAGGGGAGCGGCGUGAGUAUGCACGACCGCCAGGGAAAAAAGAUGGAGUUGUCAUCUGAAGACUUCAAGAUUAGCAUUUUCGGCGACAUGGCUCGAGAUCGACCUCGUGUUAGGGAACUGAUCGAUGCAAUGGACAUGAAAGGCAAGACGGGCAUGUUUACUGCCAUCUGGCGGUCCUCGUUUAUGAGAGCGGCGAAAUACCCUGUCGAUACGGUGUUUAGCGUCAUGGGUAUCAUGGGGGUGACGCUUGAUACGAGCAAAUUCAAGAAUGAGGAUCGGUUGGGUGCGACGAUUGCUUUGAUGCAGGGAAUUUUGGCGAGGGGAGAACAUGCCGAGUGGUUGGCGAUUGCGACGAAAACGUUGCCGAAUCCAAAGUUGUCGACGUUGCCGGUUUUUCCUCAGGUGGAUGCCGCACGGAGACCCAUUCUAGAGACCAAGGACGGGAUGAAGGAUAUUGGGGAUGUCAUGGACAGCGGCUGGAGACUUGCAAACACGCCUAAGGGGAUGAUAAGAAACGAUGGAUAUUUCCGAUUCAGCGCAUUGUCAACUUCUGUGAAAGAGAGCAACGAGGAAACGACGUCUGCGUCCGUGUUUAACUCUGAUACAACGGGCACCUGGGAAAUUGCUCCGUAG